ACUCACAUUGUAAUUAGACAAGUCGACAUUCAAACGGGAUAUUUUUUUUUCGAGUAGAUCACGCGGGAAUUAAAUUAUGCGAACAGCUCGUAAUGUCAUUUGGAGAAAAGGAAGAAUUUGACGAUGAUCAUCAGUAUAUAGCCAAGGUUGUGUUUCACUUCUUCAAGCUUUACAUUUCCCUUAUAGCUUGAAUAGCUAAGAAUGAAAGCUAUGUCCCAUCUCCGCCGCCCUCCGCUCCUCCGCCUCCUCAUACUCCAAUGCCAACUUCUCGGAUUGGCCAUCCUCGCGUCCGCCGUAGGGGUCAACUACGGCACGGUCGGGAACAACCUCCCACCACCUAAGAAGGUGGCACAGCUCCUCCAGUCGACUCUCAUCGACAAGGUCAAGAUCUAUGACACCGACCCCGACAUCCUCCAGGCCUUCGCCAACACCGGCAUCGACCUCCUCGUUGCCGUUGAGAACAGCAACGUCACCAGCAUUGGCAAGGAGACGUCUGCAGCCGAGGAUUGGCUCUCCACCCGCGUCCUCCCCUUUAUACCAGCAACCUCGGUCGUGGCCAUAUGUGUCGGAAACGAGUACCUCACUGCCGGAGACGACAAGUUAGAGGCCAAUGCGCUAGUCCGGGCGAUGCAAAACCUGCACGCGGUACUGGUGUCGCAUGGGCUCGACCGGAAGAUUAAGGUCACGACGCCGCACAGCAUGGCCGUGCUCGCGUCCUCCUUCCCUCCCUCGGCCUCCACAUUUGCCCUGACGCUCCUCCCUACGAUGACCUCAAUAGUCCAGUUCCUGGCCGACACCGGCGCACCUUUCAUGGUCAAUGCGUAUCCCUACUUCGCGUACCGGGACAACCCGAGCUCAGUGAGCUUAGAGUAUGCGUUGCUUGGGAAUGCAACCGGGGUCCAUGACCCAAAGGGUUACGUUUACACAAACAUGUUGGAUGCGCAGAUCGAUGCAGUCCGGUCCGCGAUAGCUGCCCUGGGGUUCGGGAACCGGUCGGUCGAUGUCACUUUGUCGGAGUCAGGGUGGCCUUCGAAAGGGGAAAAGGGCGAUUCCGCUGCCACCCCAGAGAAUGCCAAGACAUACAACACGCGCCUCAUCGAGCGUGCCCAGGCCAACAAGGGCACGCCAAUGAGCCCUAAGGAUAAGGUCGAGGUGUUUGUGUUUGCGCUGCUCAACGAGAACAAGAAACCAGGUGGGGUCACGGAGCGCAACUUCGGCAUGUUCAAUGGGGACGGGUCGAAGUCGUAUGAUGUGGACCUCAGCUGCCAGUUCUGCAGCAGUGGAGGAGAGGCUGCGGCUGGGAAGUUCGGGGAGCGGGUGGAGACUACGGCAGGCACAGCCAUGAGGGGACCUUCCGUGUGGUGCGUGGCGAAGCCGCACGCUGAGGAGAGGGUGCUGCAGGCAGUGCUGGACUUCUGCUGCGGACCCGGGGGAGUGGACUGCAGGGAGGUGUACCAGGGAGGAGACUGCUUCGCCGGUCCUGACAAGGUGCACGCGCACGCAUCGUAUGCCAUGAACAUCUACUACCAGAUGCACGGUCGCAACUACUGGAACUGCGACUUCAAGGGCACUGGCCUCGUCUCCUUCAGUGAUCCAAGUUACGGGAAAUGCAGGUAUCCUCAACAGUAGCGGCAACCCGAGGAAUCGAACGAUGCGACCUCUCGUCGUUUGACAGCUGUUUUAGUAUCGAUUUGUAGCGCUGUCUCGCAGAACAUAUCUGUUAAGAAUGUGAAUGGGAACUAUGAGGAUUUUUGAAUAUUAGUAUGACUGGUGGGGUCUUGAGCUCUCAUUGAUCUUUGAAAAAAGCGUGACUUUUCACGUUUCACUCGGACCAGUAAAUCAGAAAAAAGGGAUCCUUUUCUUCCAU